UAAGGUCGUACCACACAAAGUAGUUGUUUCAUUAGUUUCCAAACAUUGCGAUUUAUAAUGUUCCUUGAAAACCUAAACUCUUCAUGAAAACUUUGGGUCAAAUUACUGUCUGUUGUAUAAAAUGGUGUGUGAGAAAUGUGAAGCCAAAUUAGCUAAAAUAGCAACUCCAGAUCCUUGGAAAACUGGUCCGGUACGAAAAAUCAAUGAAAACAAAGCGCUUUCAUCGGCAAAGGAUAGAUAUAACCCCAUUGGAAAGACAUUACCACCAUGCAGAAUAUGCCGCCAAAAAGUUCAUCAGGCCGGAUCACAUUACUGUCAGGCGUGUGCUUACAAAAAGGCUAUAUGUGCGAUGUGCGGUAAAAAACUAAUGAACACCAAAAAUUACAAACAAAGCUCAACGUGACCCCUAUUUACUAAUGACAUAAUAAACAUUAUUUAAGCUUUUGUUUAAUGGUUGAUUACGAUUAUCGUGUUACGAGACGUUUGGAAUCUUUGCAUUUUCCAGCAAUUAAGUAUACAAAAAAGGUAUAUUAAUAUAAAAUCAUAUUUUCUUGUAUAAAACUAUAUUUUAAAAACUAUCUAGACUUAUCAUUUGGAAAAUAUAUACAAAUUUGUACAAUCCAAGAAGAAA